AUGAAUGCCGCUGCUAUAAUUACAAAUACAACAGAAGAUUGUGCUUAUCAUCAAUCCGAGCAAUUAAAUUCAACUAUAUUACAUCAUGCAUCCAGUGAUAGUUUAUCUAAUCAAGACAGUAAAUCCUCUUUCUUACAUCCACCUGUUUUCAAUUUCUCCUCUCCUAAAAUUUCUGCCAUCGUUGAAAAUAUUAGUGAUAAUAAUAACUCCUUAAAUAAUUCAGUUGCUGAUCAAUUCCCAACAUCUAGUUCAAAUAUUUCUCAAACUUGCUUAAUUCCAUCAUCAACAUCAUUGACUUGCAUAAAUGUAUCUCAAUUAACACAAACCUCUACUGUAUCUCCAACUCAACUACUUAGUAAUAAUACCAACGAUAAUCUACCGAAUAACUUCGAAAAUGGUAUGCUGAUUACUAACAGUAAUAGUAAUAGCAGCGGUAGUAGUAUUAGUACCAUUACUACUAGUUGCAUCAGUAAUAUCAAUGAUGAUUUGAAUAUUGACAAAAAAUCGCCUAGUCUUAAUAUUAACAAUUCAUCUGAGUCAAAUACUUCGGAAAGCACAAAUGCUGACGAAAAACGCAACGGUCUUCCACGUUUCAAUUUACGCUAUACUAAUGUACUUCAUUAUCCAAAAUAUUCCAGUCGUAAAAAUUCAGGCUUUGAAAGACGUCUUAAACAUACUGGACUAAUUUUAGAUGCAAAGUCAACUUUACGUUUAUUAAGAAAAUUCUUACAACCAUUCGUUAAUCGUGACUUUGAUCAGCUUAUAAAAAAGUAUAUGGAUGAUUUCAUUCUACUGGCUGUGAAUAAUAUUCGUGAUGUAUUAGGUGAACAAUCUGUGUCUGAAAGUGAUUUGACUAAAUUUCGUCAAAGUUUAAUCCAUCGGGCCGUCAUACGUUAUUUCCCUGAACGUCCUCAGAGGGAUUUUAUCAAUCACCAGGGAACUAGAAGUAAUCCUUCUCCAAAAACUGGGGAUAACAAACCCGAAAAGCAAAAUAUUCAGAAAUCAGAUUUGAUUAUGCAGUCAAAAAUAAAUUCAUUUAGGGCUUUUCCUUCGAAAUGGGCAGAUUCGAAACUACAUUCACGUAUUCCAACUCCUGAUUCAUUAGAGUCAUCCAUGUCUUUUAAUAACUCUCCUCAACUUUCACCGAUACCUAGCUCAGAUCCGAUCAGUUUCGAUAAAUCUUUUCUAUCUACUAAUGAUAUUCCAAAUCCAACUGUUGACAAAACCUUUCAAACUGUAUAUUCACCUCUACAUAAUCCAGUGGCCGGAGAUAAUGAAUCACAUUAUACUUUAAGAAAUAUCUCUAAUAAUUCAUCGCUUAGAAAUGUACGUAAAAGAUUGCAUCCAUCCAAUCGUUUGAAAAUUUCCCCGAUUUCCUAUGAUACAUCUACGUCUGACAAUAGUAAUAAUCUUUUAAUUAAUACUGAAUCAUUCACCGCCGCAGACUGUGAUAUUAAUAAUUUACAAGAAAAAUGUACCAGUUUACCAUUGUCUUCUCAUUCACCGUCAUCAGCUUCAUCAAGUUCUACGGUUGGAUUUUUCCGUGAUCCAUUUAGUUCAGAUAAUGAAGGGACAUUAAUUGACUCAUCAAAUAUCAAGUUAUCAGGACAAAGUAAUAAUACACAGAUCAAUAGAUCAUCAACUUAUGGAUUUCAUUAUUCACCUGGUUUAUCAUCAACUAUAAAAAAUAAUUCCAAUGCUUCAAUUCAUAGACUAAAAUCAAAAUCAUCAAGAGGUCGUAAAACUCCAUGGUGGGAUAGAACUCGCGGAAAAAAAUCCAAAUCCAAAGUUACUAAUAUUAGUAGCAACACUCAAUACGAUAAACAUAAUGAAAAUUUAACAGAUGAGAAGAAUUCACUAGUUGAAAAUGAUUAUCGACAGUUUAUCAACACACUGUCCAAUCAGUCCGUUACUUCAUCUGUAAUUCAUGCUAGCAACAAUAUCAGUAAUGAUCUGCAUAAUUCUAAUCAAAACAUCCACAAUAAUCAUAGUAAUGCACGUAAAAAUACGUCUUCACGUCUAUCUAGAAAAAAAUGCACUGCAAUACAAAGCACUGUGAAUAAUUUUGCCACCAAAAAUAGCAAUGUAACAAAGUUCACAUUUGAUCAAAAUACGCAUUUCGCGCUGGGCUCAUCAGCAAAUACAUGGCUUGGUAUGGGUACUGCACGUGGUCGUAUUUACAGUAAACAUCCAGAAUUAUUUCGUUAUAUUUGUGAUAAUGAAGAUAAAGCAUGGCUUGUUCAAACUGGUCUCAUUAUUAGUCAUGGUGUCAAAGCAUAUUUAGUUCAUGCUGAACAAGUACAUCAAAUUGCUACACAACAAAUUAAUUCACAUUCGUCAAAAGCUGAUAUAGAAAAACUAAAAACCUUUAAACUACUAAUUGGUUUCUACAAAAAGUUAAAACUGUCGCAUCACUCAUCAUCUUCGUCUAUAUCCCGACCAAAUAUUAGUCAAUCCAAAUCGAACAAUUCAAUCUCUUUGUCAAAUCCAAUGGAAAUCAAUCAUUGUACUACUCAUAAUAUUAUUACUAAUAUACCAUCAUCUAGAAAAAUCCUAAAUUCUCCAGUUAUAGUACCCUCCUCAUCACCAUCGUCAUUGUCGCUGGCUUCUUCUUCAUCUGUCACAUCUAAAUAUUCUUUGGCUGCAUCAUCAUCGGUGCAGGAGUAUCAUGACACGGACAAUAAUCAAAACAGUAAUAAUAAUAAUAAUAAUAAUAGUAAUGUUCUAUUAAACCGUAAUUACACCAAGUCAAAUUGGAAAUCAACCAAUUCUUAUUCAAAAACUAUGUCUAUCGACAACACUGAUCAGAAUAAUAAUAAUUUAGUAAAUACAAUUCAGUCACUUCCUAGUCCCAACCCACCAACAUUGGAACGUUUUGAUUAUACUACUAAUAGAUAA